ACUUGGAGAGCUUGGGUGCACACUUCACGCCCUCGCCUCGGUCAAAGCAGAGGAACCACUACCACCACAGCUAGCUUCUUCUUCUUCCAGCAAGUCUCUCUCCCUCUCUCUCUCUCAAUAAUUUCCGAUCGCCCACUCCGGCCGCUCAAGUUUUUAGCUGCGCGCGCCGGUCAAUCGCUAUGGGGGAGCAGAAAAACAAGAGGCAGCGGUUUUUCCACAACGGCGAGGGGCAGCGGCGGCAAGAAGUCGAGCGUCGCGGUGCUAGCCUGCGGUCCGGCAGCCACCGUGGCACCGCCGGUGCUGGCGCCCAGCCCCGUUGCCAUGGCAAAGCCAGCCCCCGCCGUGGCGGAGACCACUCCUCUGGCCGCCAUGCCGCCGGCGCCUGCGUCCCCCACGGUGGUGGACCUGGCGGCACCCAGUUCAGCGGCCGUUGCGCCGCAAGAUGCCACGGUGGAGGACCUGGUGGUGACCAGUCCAGCGGCCGCCAUGGCUAGAAUUGGUAGCUAGAAUUGCCUGUGGAAGGGAAAUGAAGGUUGGAUCUUACAUGGCCUUGUGGAUUGCAGUGCGAGAACAAGCAUUUCGUGUGCCACAACUGCGGUGGCGACGGCGACGGCGGCGGCGGCACGACCAAGCACUGCGUUCCAUGCGGGCGCGACGUGAACUACACCCGCUCCCGCUUCAUGGACGUCAUGGUGGACGUCUACACGGUGGAGUGCCUCUACAAGCGUUUCGGCUGCCCGACGUCCAUGGCCUACCACUCGGUCGCCGACCACGCGGCCAGCUGCAGACACGCGCCCUGCUACUGCUUCGACUGCCGGUUCGACAGCUCGCCUGUGAGCCUCGUGGGCCACCUGACGGCACGACACUCGUGGCCGGUGGAGAAGAUCCAGUACGAGGUGGCCAAAUCGUUCGUCGUGCCGGCGUCGGAGGAGGACAAGCGCCGCCUGCUGGUCGCGGAGGACAACUGUGUGUUCCUCCUGGCCGUGGGUGCCGGCAGGGACCCGGGCGGCCGCCGGCCCGUCAACGUCGUCUGUGUUAGGGGCAACGCGAAGCCUCUGUACACGGGCGUGCUCUGGGUGGACGGUCCUCCGGCGGCCCCGGGCCAACCACUCACGAGCAGCUUCCAGCUGAAAGCGACGGUGGCGAGCUGCUCCGUCCCCGGCGAGGUGGACAUGGAGCAGGGCUGGCUCCACGCGCACGUCGACCCCAACAUGAUGCACGGAGAGUCCGGCGAGCUUCAUCUGCGCCUUUGUCUCACCAAGCUCUCCUGAAUUAGCUACCCCGGCCUCUCUAACUUGAUCACGAUUGGAGGACUACUAUUUUAUUAGGGUCAUUGUCGUAGCUGCACAUCACA